GCUUGUGGCUGCGCGUCUCGGUGUGAGCCAAGCCUCGGCAGCGGAAGCUACGCAGCGGUGCUCGACAGCCUCGAGCAGGCUCUUACGGAGAACGAUCGCGUCACUCUAGUCGGAUUCGGAACGUUUUCCGUGAGGGAGAGGGCGGCGCGGCAGAUGAGGGCGAUAGCCGGCGAGAACGCUGGACAAAUGAUUGAGGUGGCUGCCCGAAAGUAUGUGGCGUUCAAGGCCGGCAGCAGCCUUGAACAGAAGGUCCGCGACGCACGGGGUAAAUCCUACUCUCUGGGCAAACCAACGAGCGAUAGGACGUAUGACAACGCUCGUUUGUUACAACGCUACUUAGUGUCUUUUCUCAAGGCUUAUAGUAGAGAGAGUUCCAACGGCACGAAGCCGAUCUCCUUAUGGCUGAAGUACGGGUAA